UUUAUUCCACUUAUCUGUCUUACUUAUUCUUCAAAAGCACACGACAUACUUAUUCUCUGAUAAAUACUAUGUGUGCAGUAGUUUACUUUGACUUGUGUCGACUAUAUGUUGUGUAUUACUUCCAUUCACAGAUACAGAUAUGGGGGACUUUCCUGUAAACCCGCUGGUUUUGAUUGGUGUCGGCUCCAGCUUUGCCUUCUCUGGCCUUUUCUAUCAUUUAUACCAAGAAAAGAAAGAAGAACUGAAAAAGCUGAAGGAAAUACCCAUUUUCAAGCCAGACCAACAUUUGGUCAGAGUACUGAGAGCAUCUCCCCACAAGCGACUUCAGUAUGUGGCUGUUGAAGGUCUGGUGCAGGCAGAUGGGGAGCCUCUGGCCAGCCAGUUUGUCCCACGCUGCUUUGGAGUGAUUCAGAAGAUAGCAGUGGAGGAGCACUGGAAAUACUGGAGCUCCCUCACCAAGACAUGGACUUCUCGGACAAUGAACAGAAAAGAAACCAACAACUCGGUGCCUUUCAGUCUGGUCAGCCCUGGAGCCUACUUCACUGACUUGUAUGUGAAGAUUCAAAACCCUCUGGAUGCCUCUGGGUGCUACCUGGACAGGGUUUAUUUCAAAGUGAGACGUGCUGAGGAGGGCUUGAUAGACGUGGUGGUGCAGAGCCUCAGUGGGGAAAAACCAGUGGCGAUGGAGGAGAGCGAGGAGCUGCUGCGGGUGGGGAGCACUCUGACUGGUUUUGGUGAGGUGGUGCUGGAAGGGGGUCAGGUGAUGAGGCUGCAGGCCCCCCAGGGCGGUCGAAAGUACAUCCUGGUGCCCACUGACUACAGGAGCUUCAUGGACAGGCACGAGAGAUCAGCCAGCAUGUGGAAGACGCUGACUGCUGUUACUGGCAUCACAGGCGCUUCUCUUCUAGCCAAGGUCAUUUAUGGCUUUGUUGGAAAACAGGACGACCGGUCAAAGUAGGCUUGAAGAUGUGGAUACUGCAGCUUUUUGGCUGUCCUAAACCUGCCUCAGGUGUUUUAUCUGUGAUUCCAAUGCUAAGAUCAUUUGUCACCUGUCAUGCUGCAUCAUGCAUCAAAGCCUCAGCUACGGUGGCCCGUGAAGGGAAAGAAUUGGACGGAACAUAUUCGAAACAUACCCGACGUACCAAUACCCAUACUACCAUACUAUUUAGUAUGCCAUAAAAAUAUUUUGUAUGUCAUAAUACAUAGUAUGCAGCAUGCCAAAAAUACCAGGAUGUUGGCCACCGUACCUAAUGGACCACUAAAAUUAUGUUUAGUCACAAAAUGUAUCUUGUAAACGUUCUCUAGACCCAAAUCCUACAGCAGUAUGGUAGUUUAGUCUGAUGAAGACCAUAAUUAGAGGAGAGUCUAUGUAGAGGGAAUGAGUAGAGCCUUGCUACAGGAUGAAUUCCUCGUAUAUCCAUUGAUGUACAAUAAGCGGUGACGAGUACAAAGCCUGAAACAAUCAUGAAACUCUCUAAAUUCUUCAUAUUUUGUAAUGAAAUUAUAUUUUUUUAUCAUUUAAGAUAAAGUCAGUGAGUUAUGUGGUGUAAUCAAGCAUCUAUUUUCACAAUCUUUUACUUUUUAUAGAAUAGAAUUAAAAUCUGAAUCUGUUUAGCCGAUAUCCUCCUCUAGCACUUUAACAUCAGUUUUAACUGUAAUGUUUUAUGACCUGCAGUUUGUGUUUUUCGAGAAAAAGAUGUGAAUACUGUUGAACAAAAAUGUUUUUAAAAGUGAUGUGGUGUUUUUUUAAAUAAAACCUUGAAUCAACCGAUU